AUACACUACUGUCUAUGUUUUGACUUUUGACAUUCUGUUCUCUGUGUUCUAAAGCGAAGAGUGAAGUCUCUUUCUCUUUCAGUUCGGUGUUUCGCGCAAUGUCUCACCGUAAAUUCAGUGCACCCCGUCAUGGGUCUAUGGGAUUCUAUCCCAAAAAGAGGUCUAGGAGACAUCGUGGUAAAGUAAAGGCCUUCCCAAAGGAUGACCCCUCUAAGCCCGUACAUUUGACUGCUUUUAUGGGUUACAAAUCUGGUAUGACCCAUGUUGUACGUGAAGCCGAUCGUCCUGGAUCAAAGAUCAACAAGAAGGAAAUUGUUGAGGCUGUGACGAUCUUGGAAACUCCACCUAUGAUGGUGGUAGGUGUUGUAGGGUAUAUUGAAACUCCACAUGGUCUCAGGGCUCUCGCGACAGUCUGGGCCGAGCAUUUGUCUGAAGAUUGCCGUAGGCGUUUCUAUAAGAAUUGGUACAAGAGCAAGAAGAAGGCUUUCACCAAGGCUUCAAAGAAAUGGUCCGAUGAUUUAGGAAAAAAAUCCAUUGAAAGGGACUUGAAAAAAAUUGUCAAGUAUUGCAAAGUGGUUAGAAUCAUUGCCCAUACUCAGAUGAAGUUACUGAAACAAAGACAAAAGAAAGCAGAUAUCAUGGAAAUUCAAUUGAAUGGUGGUACUGUUGCUGAUAAGGUUGAAUGGGCGAGAAAACAUUUCGAAAAACCUAUUCCCGUUUCCGAAGUUUUUGCCCAGGAUGAAAUGAUCGAUUGUAUUGGUGUCACCAAGGGUAAAGGAUUCAAAGGUGUAACUUCAAGAUGGCACACAAAGAAAUUGCCUCGUAAGACGCACAAAGGUCUUCGUAAGGUUGCCUGUAUUGGAGCUUGGCAUCCUUCCAGAGUUUCCUUCACUGUAGCCCGUGCUGGUCAAAAGGGUUAUCACCACCGUACUGAAAUCAACAAAAAGAUUUACAGAAUUGGUGCCGGUAUCCACACCAAGGAUGGCAAGGUCAUCAAGAACAAUGCCUCCACCCAGUAUGAUUUGACAGAAAAAACCAUCACUCCAAUGGGAGGAUUCCCCCAUUAUGGUGAAGUGAACAAUGAUUUCAUCAUGAUUAAGGGUUGUUGUAUGGGAACCAAGAAGAGGGUUAUCACUUUGAGAAAGUCGCUCUUGGUGCACACCAAACGUGUGGCUUUGGAGAAGAUCAAUUUGAAAUUCAUCGACACCUCUUCCAAAUUUGGUCAUGGUAGGUUCCAGACAGCUGCUGAUAAGGCUGCUUUCAUGGGUCCUCUCAAAAAGGAUAGGAUUAGGGAAGAAGAAAAAGCUGCAGCUGCCGCCGCCAAGUCUUAGAAAACUUUUAGUGACAUGUAUCAAAUUGUUUUUGAUAUGAAUAAAAAAGAAAAUAUA